CGAAAAUAAAUACCCUGAAAUUUUCAGAAUUGCGGCGGUGCCGGUGGCAAUGGAUGGUGGUUGUUGAGUCAUUUAGUCAUAGAAAAUACCCACAUUUGUGGAACGUAAACCUAAACUGUUUUUGUAGAAAGACCUGUGUUUGUCGAAGUACUGAUGUCUGUUGAAGCAGAUCAGGGAGUUAUGAGUGACGGGGACUUACCCCUGGUGCCGCCUGACCAGGCACCGGUGGAGGAGAGCGGGGCUGGCCCGCCUGCUGAGACGGUUGAGACGGAGAGCUACGGGGAGGAAGGACCGGAAGAAAUGAAGGCGCAGGUUCGAUAUCUUCAGUUGAAGUUGGAGGAGGUGCAAGGAGAAUCCUCUUUGCUGAAAGAGUGGGGCGCCAGGAUUGAGAUGUACGUGGAUUGCCUUGUAGACGCCUUGGAAACAAACCACAUCACUCACGUGUACGACGUUGACGGAUCGCUGGUGUCACUGGAUGAAUGCAGACAGAAGGCUAAGACGCUACCUCACACCAAGAAACCUCACUGUGACGAGGAUCUGAGGACCAAGCAGUACGAAGCAGAGAUAGACAACUUGCGUCAGGAGGUAGCUGACCUGAACGCCAACCUCGAAGAAACGGGCCAGCGAAGCACCGAGCAGGACUACCUGAUAGAGCAGCUACAGACGGCCGAGUAUCAGGCAAACGUCCGCUGGGAGGCCUACCACGAGAACGCCAUCCAACAGUGGAGCAAAUCCUACUCGGACCUGCAGGGGCAGUACAACGAGGCGGUGGUGCGGCUGCAGAACCUCAACACUACUUACAACAACCUCAAGAAGACCACAACUGCAGGACGGAACCAGCCCGGACCGUUCAACCGCCUUGAUCCGUUCAAGAGGUACAGAUCUGCGCCUAUGCGUCGAGACCUCGCGUCUGUACAACUGGGGCAGUUCAACCAACAACGCCGCCCCCUCGCCGCCGCCUCCGGGGAGAGAAUGCGCGGCGCGUACUACCAGAGCCGUGACUACCAUGCUCGCAGCGACUUGGCCCCGGCGCUGCCCAGGGCUGAGCGCGCUGCCAUCUUGAAGCAGUUCUUCAACAACUUGAAUAUGAUCCAGAGACGGCAGGAGGAGUGGUCUGGAGCUCGGUGGAUGAACAGACGAUAUGAACCACGACGCCCAAGACAACGGCCUGGACCGUACGGAGAAGCAAACUAGACACUCAGGGUGGAAUGCUGACUAGAAAUAUGUAUUUGAAGGAGGCUGUUAUUAAAUAAAAGUAAAUAACAAUAAAUAUUAUAAUGUAGAUGGUUUUCAAAUGUUAUUAAAAUAUUUCCUAAAAAUGUGUAGUAAUAAUAAUAAUAAUAUAGAUCUGAAUUGCAGUGCUUGUUUUACUUUGCGUGUUUUCAUGACCUCGGCUCCGUUUCAGCUUCGGCAUUUCUGGCCUCGGAUUCAUUUCAAAGCCUUCAAUGCUCAAAGCAAACAGAAGGGCAUACACUUAUGCCUUCUGGUACUAAAUCGAUGUUCCUAAAGUGGAUCACAGACAUUAUAAUGUGCCGAAAUCCCCAAAGUCAGAUGCGUAACAUCCACCGAAGUUUAAACUGCAAAGGAAGCCGUGGUUUCAAAAACCCCUUUGUAAGCUUAUUAUGUGCACAAUGAUUUGAAGAUAAUCCCUACCGUUUUGAACAGUAGGAAUGAAAGCAGGUAAAUGUGUUUUUUCCCGAAUAUUUUACAAUCUGAUUAAAUAAUUAAUUAAAAAGCAUUAAACGUUCUCAAUUGUAGCUCAACGCGUGAGUGUGAUCGAUAAAGCACUUGUUCAAAGUUUGACAAUGAAGCUAAAACGUCUUUUCUAAGAUAACUUAAAAAAAAAACACAAUUAAAUUUCUAAUCAACUUGUAAAUAUUAGUUUAUAUAAGCUGACUUUAUCCUUACAGCAAAAACAAACAAAUUCAGUCAGAGAAUCUGUAUGUUGAAAUUAUACUCACCAGCUUGGAUAUGUUUAUUUCAUUAUUGUAUAGUAUUUGACAGUGGUGGACCCCCCCCCCCCCCCUCCGUUCAGCCCAACGUUGACUAAUGUUAUUAGUAAAAGUGGGCCAAAAAUAUACAUGGAAUGCUAAACAUAGAAAGGUUGGACUCAAAAUUCCUAAAUAUAUUCUCAAAUUGCCUUAGAAUGCAGGAGAAA